CGAUCGCGCCGGUCGCACUUUUUUGCGCUCUCCGGGUCGUCGGUACAUGCGGUUUGGAAGAAAAAAAGAUCUAUCGACUAAUUCCCGCUUAGCCCUGCACAAUUCGCGCUUCUGAUAGUUGCAUUAUUUUUGCAUUUUAUGUUUGACGUUUUGUGUGUUUCAGUUUUUGUCUCUUGCUUCAGUAACGUUUUGUUGUUUUAUUUUUCGUACCUUCAUGGAUUAGGAUUUUAUUUCACUUUCAAUAGCAAGAUUUUUCAGCUUUUCGAGAAAACCCCCAGGACCCUCGCUGUGUUUUGAACCGGUCGGCCGCGGCUGUGAAGUGUGCUGUUGCCUUGUUUGUUUACCGCCGCCCGUGUCUUGAUUUGGGAAACGCGCGAAAACAGAACUCUGCUGGCGCGAGUGCGUAAUAUCUUUCGUUUUUCGUUUUUUUUUUUGCUUUUUCUUAUUGCACUUAACAUGUAAACGUGCUAUCGGCAUCGAGGAGUGUGGUUUCGGUGAUUAGAAUCAACAUUAAGAUAAAUGUAUUAAUUAUUGACACUAUUAGCGGAUGUUUUGCCGGUGAAAGAGUGCGCAGUGUUUUUUUUAUGUUUCAAAAAGAUGUGAAAAUGGUCAUGAAACAGUUGCGCAUGAAAACUAAGUUCUUAUAUUUAAAUGACUCAGCUGGAAUAUAAAACAGAUAUUUCUACUGUAUGGUGGAUUUGUUGUAAUUGUCGUCAUGAUUUGGACUCACCACCUUCUGGUAAACCGACAAUCCGGCUUGCUUUUAGCUCGAGGCGUGGUUAUAUGUUAGAGGUUACCCUUAGCAGUCUCUUAAUGCAAAUAAAACAAAUUUAUUCAAAACUUCGAACUUGAGAAAGAUUGUGAUUUUUGCAUUUUGCUGGAACACGGAACAUGGAAUCUACCCGAAAGAAUUAAUAACGAGAUUCAACUGCAAAAGAAGUGCAGCAUGUUGAACAGAUAAAUUAGUUGGCAAAGCCAACCCGAUUUUCAUAUCACCUCGCGACCGGAAGGCACUCCCGAUAGUGCCGUGGAAAAUGACAAACCUAAACAAGCUCAAGGUGGUCGUCAUUGGCAGUUCGAAAGUAGGAAAAUCAGCCGUCACGGUGCGAUAUCUGACUAAACGUUAUAUUGGCGAAUAUAGUUCAUCAAGGGAUUUCCUCUACCGACACAGUAUAAUCUACGACAACGCUACAACCGAAGUGGAAAUCUUGGACACAUCCAAGUGUGAUAAACGAGGUUGCCUGUACGAACAUCUACGCUGGGGUGAUGCAUUCGUCGUGGUGUACUCCAUCUGUGAUAAGGCUAGCUUCGAAGAGGCCGCCGAUUUUCUGCAGCAGCUGACCAAACUCAAGUUGCCUUCGUAUUACACGAUACUCCUGCUCGGUAACAAAAGUGACCUUGAUCAUGCGAGAGAAAUUUCCGUCAACGACGGCCAGGAGUUGUCCUUUCGAUACUCUUGCCAGUUCUACGAGGUUUCGGCAGCGGAAAACUUCGCAGGAGUUUCGCUAGCAUUCCAAUCCCUCAUCAGAGAGGCCCGUUCAACACAACUUUUCCGUGCGCUUCCACUUCGUCGAAAGCUCGGAGUGAACAGUGUCUCCAAAGCAUUGGGGAACAUUUUCGGUAAAAACAGCAAAGGUGAACGGAAGAAGCGGCCUUCGCUGAGUAUAUGAUCAGCAACUGUAGGGAAAUCGUUGAUUGCGAAUUGUUUUGAUGAAUGAUGAAUGUCAAUUGCUUGGAAACAAAAAAUAUUAAACCUCCAAAAACAUUGAUUCACAGAAACGAAAUCAUUCCAGAGUGUACAUAAAUCGAAUAAUGGUAGUAAAUUUUAGGUAAGAUAAAUUGUAACAGCAACAAUGAAUCGUAAGAUUGUACAAAUUUCACUCAUAGAUUAGGUCAUUAAUAAGCCAUAGGUUCCUAAAAAGUAGCUUUAAGUUAAUAGAGCCUCCGACCGAAAUCAGAAAACAUCUAUCUAUCAUGCAUGACAAUCAUAAUUUUUUUCUAGUAA